AUGCUGCUGGGUGAGCAAGAUCAAUUCUUGUCCUACAACGGUGAAGUCCUUGUAUUUCAGUUGUCAAAACCAAAGCAUGCAGAGGAAGCAGAUGAUAAAACAAUGAAUUUAAGUGUCAGAAGGAUGGUGUUCAACAGAGACACUAAGCUGUUUGUUCAGAAGUCUUCUGGAGCAUUCAGCGUGGGAGCCAGUCACUCAAAAAUUGAAAUGAUUUCUUGUAGCUGCACAACAGAUUCCAGAACAGGGAUUAUUCUUCCCUGCAUUUUGAUGAAGAAGAAAAAACGGAACAGUAUCAAGUACUUUUUAUUGUUGCUUCACAGUUCUAACCAAUUUGAGCCAUCCUUUUAUUUUAAAUUGGACUAUGAGCUGAAAGAAGACAUCAGGUUGUUUGCUGGCCCAUCACUGCUGUGGAGACAUGACAACAAGCUGUUCUACAUCUCUUCCAGCACCUGUGUGGUUCAAAGUGCCCCCGUUCAUCUUUCUUGUGUGGUGUGGACAGGUGAAAUUGUGGGUGAAGGCACUGUUGUCUUAGGGAUAAGAACUGCUUGCCUGCCAGAGACUGAAGUCCCAGAUGGGUUUUCUGUUUCAGACAGAGCCAUCUGGGGCAGUGAGUUCUUUGGGUAUGCAAUUCAAUCACAGAAGUUUCUGAGUGGCACGUGCUUCAUGCCUCAUGCCUACAGCAGAGUGGUGUCUUCUGUCCAUGUCUGCAGGAGUGAGAGACUGAGGAGACAGCUCAGAAUAUCACUUGUGGCCAUAACCCACAAGAACCAGCUCGUUUGGUUCCAAAAUGGUGCCCCUAAAGGUGUUUGUGACCUUCCUUAUGAAAAGCCAUGUUCAGUAACACCAGCUCUAACCAGCAGCAGAGAUUUGCUAUUUGCUGUGUCUUUUGCCUCUGGAAAUAGCUGUGUUGUACAGAGGAGAGACAGCUUACAGGUGGCUUCCAAAUGGCAAAAAGUGAAGUGUGUUCUGGUGGAUGAUUUUAUUGGCUCUGGAAGUGAGCAGCUGUUACUGCUUUUUAAGGAUGACUCCAAUACUGACGUGUUAAGUACAUUCAAAAUAACAGAUCUUGGGGAGGUCAACUAUGCAAGUGAUAUCAAUUAUAAACAUGAUGUUCCUGCUGCAGAAGGAUUGCAAGAGAAUGGUUUGCUUACUGUCCGAGCCCUUGAAACAAGAUUACAGGCUGGUUGGACUUCUGUUCGAGAGCUGCAGCAGCAUUUAGGACUCCAGAAGAGGGUUAUUCUUGAGUCUUGCAGAGCAUUAAUAGAUCUUGUUGAAGAAAGACCCCAUAUUCUACCAAACUCAAAAGAGGAAGGCCUUGUCUCUCUCUGGGAUGAUGUAGAAAAUCCUCCUGAUUCUCUUAGUAAAGAGACACCAUCGGCAUCUGAAGCCCCAGAGCACUUCACAGAGGAAUUGUGGCAGCGUGUUGUGGGAGACAGCCUGGUAGUUGGAGUAAAACUAACUGAAUCAUUUUAUUUGUCACUGAGUGAUGUCAGUUUAUCUCUAGUGAUGGAUCAAGACUUCUCUUCGAUUUCUCCAAUUAUCAAGUGUCAAAGUAAAAUCAUCAAGCUGAACAAAGCCUUCUCAGCAUUGGCAGUCUCCCCAGGUCAAAUUGAACCUCCUCCAAAAAAGAUGAAAUUGGACUUGCAUAGCAAGAAUGAUCUGAGAAAAGAAUUUCCUAAGAGAUCUUCAAGGAUUCAGCUGGAUGGAGCAAAGACAGUCACUGCUGUCACCAGCCUUUCACCACUACUGGCAUUUCAUCGUGUGUGCUGUGUGGUUCUUCUGCAUGCCAGGAAGCAAAACCAUCAGAAUGAUGAUUUACAGCAGAGCAAAAAGAUUACUGUACUCUGUGGGAAAAUUUUGUUAAGUCUGGAAGAUAUUUCAAAUGGCAGAUACUCAAUAAAGAUGCUCAGGGAUAAUAGUUACUGUACAGGUUCCAUGGAAGAUAUACUUGCUGUCCUUGCAGUGUCUGUCAGAUUCUCCUUUCAGAUUGUGUCUUGUGACUGCACACUGACUCCAGUCAGUUCAUGGUUACUGGGAGAAAUGGAGUGCACACCAUUUAAGGAAUGCCAGGACAACAUAUUCUGUCAUAAAGCAGGAAAUGUCCAUGGUACAAUUUUUAAUUGGGCCCUGAAUAAUCCAUUUGAAGGAGUUCUAACAAUAUUUUGCAGAAAUCUGACUGUCUUGUUCCAGUGCCUUCACAGCCUCACUAGAGUUCUCCCUCCAAGCUGCAGUGUAAAACUCCUGAGAUCUGGAAGCAAAGCAGUACUUGCUGAACAGUUAGCACUGGCUCUGGAAAAGGAAAUGCUCACCUUGAAGAAUUCUCUUUUCUUAAAAGAAACUAAAGCUGGAAACAGUUUGACAUGGGGGAAUGAGUUUGGCAAGAAAAUCAAUAAUGCUCCUCUGGCUUCUUUACUGGACACUGACGAAGGAGUCCAGCAAUUCAGAAAGAAGCUUCAGAAGGAGAGGGAAGAGAGUGUGCAAAGUAUGAACCAAACACUGAAUGGUGCCCUGUACCAGAAAACUGCUUUGAAAAUAGCAGAAGCUCAGCUCAGUUCAGAUAUGAUUGUGUGGAGACUGGCCAAGUCCUAGAAACCAUU